CUCAUUUUGGGAGACUUUGGUGUCCUCAAACUCUUUCAUUCUCUAAAUUUUCUCUCCGACUUUCUACAUUUGGUUUCUUUCUUUCUCUCUCCUAAAAAAUCAAUAGCCAAAAACCUCAAUGUCACAUUCUCCCACCCUACAUUCUUGAAAAUCUUUGCAACUCAUAUUUUCUUCUAUUUUUUUCCCAUCACAUUCCCAAAUCCCAAUACAAUAAAACUUUCUUAAGUUUUAUUUGAUUUUAUUUUUUUUUCAUUUUUUUGGAUUUCUCUUCCUUUAUUGGUGGGCCCCUUAAUCCAUUCAAUUCGGUUUUGCUUGCAUGCCUAAUCAAAAUUAUGUUUACCAACAUUUUUUGAUGAUACAUGGGAAUAUCAACAAGGAGACGAGAAGAACAAGCUUCUAUUCAAUCUUUUUCUCUCUGUGUUGUUAUCCAAUAAGGCAAAGUUUCAUUUUGUGGAUAAAUUUGUGGUGCUUCCUUCUACAUUUUGUUUCAUACCCAAGAAGAGGAAUACUGAAUUGGAGCCUUAAUACAUCAAAAUUAAUGGGAACCACAAUUAAAGGGAUCAACAAAGGAUUCAAAUACACUCUAUCUCAUAUCUUCGUUGUAAAGGAACGUGAAAUAGAGAUUGGAUAUCCAACUGAUGUUAAGCAUGUGGCACAUAUUGGGUGGGAUGGCCCUUCUGGAAGUGCACCUACUUGGAUGAAUGAAUUCAAAACAGGGCCCAAUUUUGCAUCCACGUCAAUUGAUCGUAAUUCAGGUUCUGCACUUUCUCCAUGGACGUCUCAAGAGUCCAUGAGGCGGCAAUCAGGAUCCGAGGCGUUAAAGGACACCACCCCAUCCGAACAAACUCCAAUCAAGAAGAAGCAAAAGCGAAAGAAAACCAAAUCGACUUCCUCUCCAAAAUCUAAUUCGGGCUCCUUCUCAAGGUCUUCAAGAGCAGCCACAGCCAGGUCGAAAGCCAAAUUGGUUGAGGAUAGCAAUGCAAAGCCGUCAAACAUUGAAGUUGCAUGAGACAAAAAUCGGUUAAACUUGUUGCCGUUCAUGUGCGAAAAAUGAAAAUGCCUAAUGUGUACUCGUUGGGAGUAUUUUUAUCGUGUGCAGAGGAAAGCCAUAGAAAGAGGUUAAGGGUCGUGUUAUUUUUUUUUUUUUUUUUGAA